GGUUUUGAAUACAGCCGGAGUGGAAACCCUACCCGGAAUUGCCUGGAGAAGGCUGUGGCAGCGCUAGAUGGAGCUAAAUACUGUUUAGCUUAUGCUUCUGGCUUAGCUGCUACUUUGAAUAUUACUCACCUGUUAAAGGCAGGGGAUACGAUUAUCUGCAUGGAUGAUGUCUAUGGAGGCACAAACAGAUACUUCAGGAAAAUAGCCAUGAAAAUGGGUUUGAAUGUAGUUUUUAUUGACUGCACAAAAAUGGAAUGCCUGGAAGCUGCAAUUACACCAGAGACCAAGCUCGUUUGGAUUGAAACGCCCACAAACCCCACACUGAAGGUCAUUGACAUUCAGGCCUGUGCAGAGGUAGUACAUAAGCAUAAAGGUGUUCUUCUGGUGGUAGACAACACUUUCAUGUCUGCAUACUUCCAGCGUCCUUUGUCUCUGGGGGCUGAUAUAUGUAUGUAUUCUGCGACCAAAUACAUGAACGGGCAUAGUGAUGUUGUAAUGGGACUUGUUUCAGUAAACUGUGAUGAUCUCUACGAAAGGCUCAAAUUCUUACAAAACUCUCUUGGAGCUGUUCCAUCUCCCUUUGACUGUUACCUGUGCAACCGUGGUUUGAAGACACUGGAGAUCCGGAUGAAACAACACUUCCGCAAUGCAUUAGCUGUUGCCCGAUUUCUUGAGUCAGAUUCCCGGGUGGAGAAAGUAAUUUUCCCAGGCUUGCCUUCACACCCUCAGCAUGAGCUGAUCAAGCGGCAGUGCACUGGCUGUCCUGGGAUGGUAACCUUUUACAUUAAAGGAAGUCUCCAACAUGCUGCUACCUUUCUCAAGAAUUUAAAGGUUUUUGCACUGGCUGAGAGUCUGGGAGGAUACGAAAGCCUGGCCGAGCACCCGGCCAUCAUGACUCACUCUUCGGUGCCUAAAGAAGAUAGAGAAGCUCUUGGAAUCAGUGAUACAUUAGUUCGCCUGUCAGUUGGUUUGGAAGAUGAAGAAGAUUUACUGGAAGACUUAGACCAAGCUCUGAAAGCUGCGGUAAGUGGGUUGUUACCUUAG